AUGGAGGUGAUGUUUACUCCAUUUAAAGGGCCUGGCGGCAGCCCAAAAUUUAUGAGACUCUACUGCUGUUUAGGGCCAUUGAAGAAAGGAUUUAAGGAUGAUUUGAGGCCAAUAAUAACAUUGGAUGGGUGCCAUUUGAAGGGGAAUUAUAGAGGGCAGUUAUUGACUGCCAUUGCAGCUGACCCUAAUAAUGAGUGGUGGCCCAUUGCCUGGGCAGUUGUAGAGAGAGAAGCUAUAGAGCAGUGGGCGUGGUUCUUGAAAUACCUCAGGUUGGAUAGAGCAUUAGCUGAAAUUCUUCCAAAUUGUGAGCAUAGGUAUUGUGUCCAACACAUGUAUCGAAACUUCAAGAAGAAACAUCCAGGUUUGCCUCUUAAGGAUAGGCUGUGGAACAUUGCCAACAGCACAAUAGAGGAACUCUACAAUAAAGCAAUGGCAGAGCUCAAAGAUUUUGAUAACAAGGCAUAUCAGUGGGUAAAAAAUGCUCCAACUCCUCGGCAUUGGUGCAAGGCCUUCUUUCCGACUCACACAAAGAGUGACAUGCUGGUUAACAACUUGUGUGAGUCUUUUAAUGCACAUAUUCUUGAGGCUAGAGACCAGCCAAUUAUAACAAUGCUGGAAAUGAUUAGGGAGUACCUUAUGGAUAGGAUCCGGAAGAGAAAAUCAACAAUGGACAAAUAUGAUAGCCCAACUAGACCUAUAAUCAACGAAAUUAUUGAAAAUAUGGUGAAAGGACCAAGAGGGGCCCAAUUUGCCCUAGAUAUGGAGAAAAAGAAUUGCAGUUGCAGGUUAUGGGAGGUUAGUGGCAUUCCAUGUUGUCACGCCAUUGCUGCCAUUCUUUUGAGGAAUGAAGACUCACGGCAGUACUUGAAUGUUUGUUAUAGUAGGGGGCUAUUCUUGAAACUUUAUGAAAAUGUGUUACAACCAAUUAGUGGUGAGAAUCAUUGGCCCCCAUCAACAAUGCCUGAAUUGGAGCCCCCGGUAUCAGUAACUCAACCUGGAAGGCCUAGAAAGGCUAGGAGAAGGGACACAACUAAAGGCAAGAAUCACGGUAGAAGACUUAGAAGAAGGAUCAUUAUUCAUUGUCGAAAAUGUGGGGAGGCUGGUCAUAAUGCAGCAACAUGCAAGUAG